CUCGGACGCCCCGCGCCCCCGCGUACGCCUCGGGGCUCUGCGCGCCCCCGCCCGGGACCCCCAGGCCGCCCCGCGGAGCCAGGCCGCGGCCGCAGGAGGAGCAGGAUGUCGUUCCAGGGCAAGAAGAGCAUCCCCCGGAUCACGAGCGACCGCCUUUUGAUCAAAGGUGGGAAGAUCGUCAAUGAUGACCAGUCCUUUUACGCCGAUCUGUACGUGGAAGAUGGUCUGAUAAAACAAAUCGGAGAGAACCUCAUUGUCCCUGGGGGCAUCAAGACGGUGGAUGCCCACGGCCUGUUGGUCCUGCCGGGCGGGGUGGACGUGCACACGAGGCUGCAGAUGCCCGUCCUGGGCAUGACCCCAGCAGAUGACUUCUGCCAAGGGACCAAGGCCGCGCUGGCGGGAGGGACCACCAUGAUCCUGGACCACGUGUUCCCCGACGCGGGCGUGAGCCUGCUGGCGGCCUACGAGCAGUGGCGGGAGCGCGCGGACAGUGGGGCCUGCUGUGACUACUCCCUGCACGUGGACGUGCCCCGCUGGCAUGAGAGCAUCCGGGAGGAGCUGGAAGCCCUGGUCAAGGACAAAGGUGUGAACUCCUUCCUGGUGUUCAUGGCGUACAAGGACAGGUGCCAGUGCACGGACGGCCAGAUGUACGAGAUCUUCAGCAUCAUCCGGGACCUGGGAGCCCUGGCCCAAGUGCACGCGGAGAAUGGGGACAUCGUGGAGGAGGAGCAGAAGCGGCUGCUGGAGCUCGGCGUCACCGGGCCUGAGGGCCACGUGCUCAGCCGCCCCGAGGAGGUGGAGGCCGAGGCUGUGUACCGCGCCGUCACUGUCGCCAAGCAGGCCAACUGCCCCCUGUACGUCACCAAAGUGAUGAGCAAGGGUGCGGCCGACGUGGUCGCCCAAGCCAAGCGCAAGGGGGUGGUGGUGUUCGGGGAGCCCAUCACUGCCAGCCUGGGCAGCAACGGCUCCCACUACUGGAGCAAGAACUGGGCGAAGGCCGCGGCCUUCGUCACGUCCCCCCCGGUCAGCCCGGACCCCAGCACUGCCGACCACCUCACCUCCCUGCUGUCCAGCGGGGACCUGCAGGUGACCGGCAGCGCCCACUGCACCUUCACCACCGCCCAGAAGGCCGUGGGCAAGGACAACUUCACGCUCAUCCCCGAGGGCACAAACGGCAUCGAGGAGCGCAUGUCUGUGGUCUGGGAGAAAUGUGUGGCCUCCGGGAAGAUGGACGAGAACGAGUUUGUGGCUGUGACCAGUACAAACGCAGCCAAAAUCUUCAACGUGUACCCGAGGAAGGGGCGCGUGGCUGUGGGUUCCGACGCUGACCUGGUUAUUUGGAACCCCAAGGCCACGAAAAUCAUCUCCGCCAAGACUCACAAUCUGAACGUGGAAUACAACAUCUUUGAAGGCCUCGAGUGCCGAGGAGCGCCCACGGUGGUCAUAAGCCAGGGCAGGGUUGUGCUGGAGGACGGGAACAUGUUCGUCACCCCGGGGACCGGCCGCUUCAUCCCCCGGAAGACGUUCCCCGACUUCGUCUACAAGAGGAUAAAGGCGCGCAACCGGCUGGCGGAGAUCCACGGCGUGCCCCGCGGCCUCUACGACGGGCCCGUCCACGAGGUGAUGCUGCCUGCCAAGCCGGGCGGCAGUGCCCAGGCCCGCACCUCCUGCCCGGGGAAGGUCUCGGUGCCCCCCGUGCGCAACCUGCACCGGUCGGGGUUCAGCCUGUCUGGGUCCCAGGCCGACGACCACAUUGCCCGGCGCACGGCCCAGAAGAUCAUGGCCCCCCCCGGCGGACGCUCCAACAUCACGUCUCUGUCUUAGGGGCCCCGCGGGGCUCGGGGCAGCGGCUGCGGGGGACCCCGCUCCUCACGGAGCUGUCCCUCUGUCACACUUACCUGAAAGGUGCUUGGCCUCCCUCCCCCCCCGAGCCCCCCCUUUUGGGGUCCCCGGUCCUGAAGGAGGAGCCCGUGCAGCGAGAGGGGUGUCACUGCCAGGCUGAGGAGGCUGGACGCGGUGGCGGGUCACCCGGCGGCUCUCAGGACAGCCCGGGGCUGCAGGGCGGCCGCCCGGCCAGGGCCCAGAGGACCGGGUGUGCAGCAGGCCGGGCCGCCCUCCCCGCGGUGGUCACCGCCCCCGUCCGCCCAGCAUGGGGAGCCCCCGGGAGCUCGCCCCUGCCCCAGAGCCGGUGACGUCAGGGACCCUCGGAACUUAGCGAAAGGCGGCCUCGUUUGUCCGUUUGCCGAGGACCAGACUCCCGCUCCCGUAGCCCGCGUCCGGGGAGCCUUAGGAUCCUUUAGUGGAGAUGCCUCCUCUACUAGGCCGCGCCCCGGUAGUUGACUAGAGCAGCAGUUUGUGCAUCGAGGACACCUGUAGCCAGGAACCUGCAUGCCACCCACAGCGCGGCGGCCCGAGUCGGGUCAAUUAAAGGUGUCUGGGUUAGAA